UUAUGCCAACCACAUUGAUUUCUAGGUACAAUACUUACAUCAGGAACAAGCUCGGGCGAAUGGAAAACAUGUAUCAGAAUAUUCGCCAUCGUCAGAGAGCGGCCAAGCUGCCUUCAGACGCGGACGCAGAGCAAGUCCUCCAGCAUUUCGGCGCAGAUGUGGGGGGUCUAGCGGAAGGAUGCGGCUCGGAGGAACUGCUGCGGGACGCGCGCCAAGGCAACAGAGAAGAGCCAUCCGCGUCGAUCGAGCCUCUUCGAAGGGCGCGCACCAAUGGCGAACGGUGCCUGUGUUGGUCAUGGCUUCGCCGACGGCGAGCGGUCGUCAUCGAUGUCGAUAAGGACGGGCGAAGUCGGAAGAGACGAACGACGAGGGUGAGGAAGGGAUCCGUCGAGUCGAGAUGUGAUGGAAGUCGGUAUGGACAUGUCCUUCUUGGACUUCUGUUGGCGUUUGUGGGUGAUAAACCGUGUAGCAGGGAGGUGGAGUAGGGGGGAGAGGAUACGAAGGAGACCUGGAGGUCAUCGGAGGAGGAGCGAAGAGCGAGGGACUAGGAUGCACAGGACGUUCUCAGCCACAGCAAUCGAUAGUCUUGAUGUCGUCUGUAGCCAGUUACUCUGGCAUCAGAGAUGGUGAAAAACCCUCGCCAACGCGAGCCGCAUACACAAGAGAGGGAGAGG